GGCCGCAGAGACACAGGUGGGCGGGGUGUGGAUAGGCGGUGGGUGAUGACAGCCAGCUGGUGGGGCCGCGAGUGCACGUGUCCUGCCCUAGGCUCGGCGGCGAAUGUUUUCAGGAGGGUGAGCCAUGCCGAAGCGCCCAGAUCCCAGAUGGGCAGCCCCAGAGGGGGUGGAGGUGCCCCGACUCCACUUGUACAAUUCUUUCACACGCCGAAAAGAACUGUUUGUACCUCAGAGCCAAGUGAUCACUUGGUAUAGCUGUGGCCCAACUGUGUAUGAUGACUCUCACAUGGGCCAUGCAAGAUCCUACGUGAGCUUUGACAUCCUGCGGCGUGUCCUGCAGGAUUACUUUGGCUUCCCAAUCCACUAUGUCAUGAACAUCACUGACAUUGAUGACAAGAUUAUUAAGCGGGCCCGUACAAGAUACCUCAUCCAGCAGUACCGCAAAUCACAAAUGCAGUGGGAUCAGGUGUAUGAGGACCUUACCCGAGCCUUAGAGCAUCACACCCAGGCCAUUGCAGCAACCACUGAUCCUGAUAAGCGCAAGAUGAUGCUGGCAGAGGUGGAGAAGGUAAAAAAUGCAGCUGAUGCACUCAAGGCAGCCACAGAAGGAGAGGCUGUAGAGAAACAGGAGGAGCUGCUGAAGUGUGCUGAAGGGGUGCUAGGUGAAUGGCUGGACCAGCAGAAGGGGAAGGAGGUGACUGACAACUCCAUCUUCAGUGAGCUGCCACGCCACUAUGAAGAGGAGUUCAAUAAGGACAUGGAAGCCCUUAAUGUAAUGGAGGCUGAUGUGGUGACACGGGUAUCAGAGUAUGUGCCACAGAUUGUUGAUUAUGUGGCCAAAAUCAUUGAAAAUGGCUAUGCUUAUGAAGCCAAUAACUCUGUUUACUUUGAUGUGGCUAAGUUUGAUGCUGAGCCCAACCACUACUAUGCUAAGCUGGUACCUGAAGCAUAUGGCAAUCAGGCAGCACUGGAAGAGGGAGAGGGUACCCUGUCAGCUGCAUCAGCACAAGAGAAACGCAGCCCCAAUGACUUUGCAUUGUGGAAGGCCUCCAAGCCUGGGGAGCCUGCCUGGCCAUCCCCCUGGGGACCUGGACGACCCGGCUGGCAUAUAGAGUGCUCUGCUAUGGCCUCUGAGAUAUUUGGGGAGUCCAUUGACAUACACACAGGUGGCGUGGACCUGAAGUUUCCUCACCAUGACAAUGAGUUGGCACAAGCUGAAGCAUACUUCAACAAUGACCACUGGGUGCGCUAUUUCCUACACACUGGUCACUUGCAUAUAGAUGGCUGCAAGAUGAGCAAGAGUCUCAAGAACUUCAUCACCAUCAAGCAGGCAUUGGCUGAAAACUCUCCAGCCCUCUUACGCAUCUCCUUCCUCCUCCAUUCCUGGAAGGACACACUUGACUAUAGCUCCAACACAAUGGAGGGUUCACGUCAGUACUACAAGAUGAUAACAGAAUUCAGCCUCAAUGUUCAGGACUUGGUGCGACGUGCAGGGCUGUCUAGCACACAGUGGGCUGGACCUGAGGUGGCCCUGCAGGAGGCCUUCAAUGCUGCCAGGGUGGGUGUGCACAAAGCUCUGUGUGACAACAUUGAUACCCAGGACAGCUUGACAGCAUCCGGGGACCUGCUCACUGAGUCCAAUAAAUACAUGAACAGCCACUCUCAGGUGAACUCACAGCUGCUGGUGAAUAUCAACUGCUACAUCUGGAAGCUGAUGAAAAUGUUUGGUGUUCCUCAUGGGGACAAGUCUUCCUCAGGUGGCCAGGGACAGGAGAAGGUGGUGGGUGUGGCAGAGGUGGUAGGUAACAUUCGGGAACAGCUGCGUCAGUGGUCAAGGGACAAGGAGCUGGAGGUUGGAGAGUUGCGGGGACGCCUGCUUGGGCUGUGUGACACCAUCAGGGACGAGUUGCUGCCACCAUUGGGCAUUAGACUGGAAGACCGUGAGGCAGGUGCCCCAAGUAUCAAAGUAGUGGAUCCAGGGGAGUUAAUGGCAGAGAUCUGUGCCAAGAAGGAGCAGGAGGAGGUCAGGAGACAAGAGAAGGCCAGAAAGAAGGCAGAGCAGGAGGCCAAACAGCAGCAGCAAAAGCAGGAGCAAGCUGUCCCACCCAUAAAUCCCAAGGAAAUGUUCCAUACCUCUGAAUAUUCACAGUGGGAUGCCAAUGGGCUGCCCACUCAUGAUGCAGAGGGGAAGGAGAUUACUAAAAGCCAAAGCAAGAAGCUUGCAAAGUUGAUGGAGGCACAGAGGAAGAAGUUUGAAAAGUGGCAACAACAGCAGAAUUCUUAGUGCCUUUUGUUCCUGGUCUGCCUAAUGUUCUCCAUCCAUCUUUUCUCUCUCCCAUACUUCUUACAUAUACUUGAAAUCUGUCUUCCCCACCUACUUUUAUCUUCCCAUCCUUCUUUGUCUUUUCUUUUUGUCACUUCUUCAUUCCUUCAUCUUUCCCCUCUUUCUUUUCCUUUUCUUUCUUAAUUCAUUAAGUCUUUUAAUAUAUUCAUCAAGAUG